AUGCGAGAGAAGCGGGACGGGAUACACCCAGUGGAGCUUGGUACUUUGGGUGACAAUCCCGGGCUCUUUCUGCAGGUUCUGGCGGCACCUCUCUAUGUGCGCAUACUACUCGUCGAGGCCAGUGGACUCGCCGCGUUCGGAAGCUGCACACUCCGACUACAAUUCGCAACGUUAUCGCAAACACCCCUCAAAUCCCUCCACGUUGAGGUCAAAUACGAAGUCUACGACGCGCUCUCGACCCCCCUCACCGCCUCUAUCGGCGCGCACUUCCCCCACCUCACCACCCUCCACAUCCACGCGCCCGCGCCCCACCUCCUCGGACGGAUCCCGUCCAUCGCAGGCCCGUCCCUCUCCGGCAUCGUCGCCCCGCUCCUGCCCCUCCGCGCGCUGCAGUCCGUCGCGCUCGACCUGCCCCGGUUCCGCGUCGCGUACACGAACGACGACCUCGCCGCGCUCGCCGCCACGUGGCCGGACCUCCGCGCGUUCCGCCUCGCGUGCGCGACGACGCCCGACAAGCGCGCGCGCCUGGACGCGCUCCCCGCGUUCGUGGGCGCGUGCGCACACCUGCGCGCGCUGCGUCUGCCGGAGGUGGACUUUCCGUGGGUGCCGCUCGAGGCGCUUGCGGGCGGCGCGCCGGCGGGCGGGUACGCGCGGUUGACGACAUUGGAGAUCGCGGGCGUGGUGGUGCCGCCGGUGCCGGACAUUGGAGACGUAGUUGCGGCAGAGCUGCAGAAGGUUUUCCCUCGGGUCGAGCAUUGGGCGAGGUGCCCGAUCGUUGUGCGGGUGUGA